GGCCGCGGGCGCCGCAGGGUCGCGGGCGUUCAGGCCGCUGCAGCCGCGGCCCCUCCUUCCUUCCGGGCGAGUCGCCGGCUGGUGGGGCCCGGCCCCCGAGCGGCGCGCAGCAUGGGAAGGUGCUGCUUCUACACGGUCGGGACGCUGUCCCUGCUCCUGCUGGUGACCAGCGUCACGCUGCUGGUGGCUCGGGUUUUCCAGAAGGCCGUGGACCAGACCAUCGAGAAGAAUAUUGUGUUAAGGAACGGUUCCGAGACCUUUGAUUCCUGGAAGAAGCCCCCUCUGCCUGUGUACAUCCAGUUCUAUUUCUUCAAUGUCACCAAUCCAGAGGAGAUCCUCAGAGGGGAGACUCCCCGGUUAGAAGAAGUGGGGCCAUAUACCUACAGGGAACUUCGAAACAAAGCAGAUAUUCAGUUUGGAGAUAAUGGAACGACAAUAUCCGCUGUCAGCAACAAGGCCUAUGUCUUUGAACGAAAUCAGUCUGUUGGAGAUCCUAAAAUUGACUUAAUUAGAACAUUAAAUAUUCCUGCAGUGACUGCCAUGGAAUGGGCCCAGCUCCGCUUCCUCCGGGAGCUCAUCGAGGCCCUGCUGAAGGCCUAUCAGCAGACGCUCUUUGUGACACACACCGUGGACGAACUGCUCUGGGGCUACAAAGAUGAGAUCCUGUCCCUUGUCAGUGUCUUCAAACCGGAGAUCUCGCCCUAUUUUGGCCUGUACUAUGGGAAAAAUGGGACUAAUGAUGGAGACUAUGUUUUUCUAACUGGAGAAGACAAUUACCUUAACUUUACAAAGAUUGUGGAAUGGAAUGGAAAAACGUACCUUGACUGGUGGGCAACGGACAAGUGCAAUAUGAUUAAUGGGACGGACGGAGAUUCUUUUCACCCGUUAAUAAACAAAGAUGAAAUUCUUUAUGUCUUUGCAUCUGAUUUUUGCAGAUCAGUGUAUAUAACCUUCAGUGACUUUGAGAGUGUGCAGGGACUGCCUGCUUUUCGGUUUACGGUGCCUGCAGAAGUGCUCGCCAAUACCUCGGACAACGCCGGCUUCUGUAUACCUAAAGGAAACUGCCUGGGCUCAGGGGUUUUGAAUAUCAGCGUCUGCAAGAAUGGUGCACCUAUUAUUUUAUCUUUCCCACACUUCUACCAAGCAGAAGAGAGGUUUGUUUCUGCCAUAGACGGCAUGCAUCCGAAUAAGGACUAUCACGAGACAUUUGCGGACAUUAAUCCUUUGACUGGAAUUAUUCUAAGAGCUGCCAAGAGGAUCCAAAUCAACGUUUUUGUGAGGAAGUUUGACGACUUUGUUGAGACGGGAAACAUCAGGACCAUGGUUUUCCCAGUGAUGUACAUCAACGAGAGUGUUCUCAUUGAUAAAGAGACUGCGAGUCGCCUGAAGUCUGUGAUAAACACUACUUUGAUCAUCACCAACAUACCCUACAUUAUCAUGGCACUGGGUGUGUUGUUUGGGUUGAUCUUCACCUGGCUUGCGUGCAGAGGACAGGGACCCAUGGAUGAGUCUCAGGGAACUGCGGACGAAAGAGCACCCCUCAUACGGACCUAACUGCGGCCCGAGCUUGGGGAAGGAACCGUGUGAGCUGUCCUCACCUGGACCACAACGUGCGGAAACCAUCCGUGGUGCCUGCUGCAGACAGGAGGGAGGAGACCCCAUGCUGGCACGUGAUGAGAACAUUCUGGCAGGAGGUUAAAGAACUGACUGACAUGGCUGGCCACUAGGCUUCAUAAAAUUGUUUUGUUUUUCAUGUGUCUAGCGAGUAUUUAAUAAACUCUUGUAUAGUAAUUUUUGUUGUUGUUGGGUGCUGGUAGCUCCAGAAUUUUGUGACCACUGUUGUGGUUGAAACGUGUCUGCAUCACUUGUUAACGUCCCUUGGUCUAACCUUAUUCAGUAUGCGUCAUUUACCAGACUUUGUGCUCAAAAUAUAUGAAUAUUUUACAUGGUGUUCCUCCAUUCAUUUCACCCCCAAACAGAGGCAAAUAAGAGUUCGGAACCCAGGGUAAAAUAGUAGCCUCAUUCAAUACAUCACUAGAAUGCAUCUAAUUUCCUCUUUUUAAAAAGUUACAUAAUCAUAUUUCAUAUGCUAGCCUUCAGUUCAUAAUUCCUCCAGGAAAGUAAUUCAGGUUUUUGACUACUUUCAAACUGUCUGGGAACCAAGCAGGGUAGGGGUGGGGGGUAACGAAUGCAGGGGGGCGAUAACCCUCAAGUUGAUUGAUAGUGAUAAGCAGCUGAGGAUUUUUACUCGUACUUUUGUGAAUCGAGAGAACGCACAAACUAUGUUGGUGAGGACUAGUACAGAUGUUUCAUAUGGACAAGUAAAUGCUAGUUAAUGAAAUUUGUGGGUAGUGUGUUGUUUUUUUAGUCAGAAUGAUCUUGAUAUGGAAAGAUGCUUCUGGGAGGUAUCAUCAAGGAACUUUUUGUAAGUUGUUUUUCUUUCCUCACAUUUGGUCCCUUCCAGUGUUCUGUGGGUCACUGUCACUCACUGAAGAGAGAGAAAUGUGCCCUACACUUACUGUGACAAUCAUCUUGCUGACAGAAUGAAUGACGGUGUUUUAAAAUAUUGUACAGAAAAUGCGUUAAAGAAAGGUCCCUUGGGCUCCAGAAGCAGAGUCUUCUCCUCAGAAGACCUCUUGACUUUAAAUGAAACCUAAGUUGGUCAGAGGAUAAGAACCAUCAUAUGUCACAAAAUCCAAGCCUGUUUAAGAGCAUUUUCUUUGAAUAGUGAAGUUCACUAUUCAUUUUUUGGUCAAGAACCUACAUAGUUACCCAGCAAAAAGCACAUAGAAUUUCUUAACAAUUGGAUCAUCUUACAGGAUUUUCUGUAUAAAACUGGAUUUCAGUGUCAGCAAAUGAAGAAAAAAGCCAUGAGUUUCACAGAUACAGCUUCUGAUCCCUGGAUGGAGGUGAUAAAUUCCAUUACACUAAAGCACCAUGUGACAUUUUCCCUCUUGAAGGGGCAAUUCAUUAAACAUUCGACCUCUCUGUAAAUUAGGACAGAAUCUGUAAAUAUCCCAAAUCACCAAAAUGUAAAAAACUAAAUUGAAAAUAUUUUGUCAAUAAUACCAAAUAUCGAGAUUUUUUAAAAUGUAUCAACAUUUCACCAUGUAAUUGGCACACCUUAUUCUUUUAGGCACCCACUUACCCACAUAGAAGCCAGUGCGUAUUCAUUGGUUCAUCCUAUUAUCAGGACAUAGUCACUUGUGAGGAGGAAAUUUUUAAAUACUAGGAAUGGUAGCAGUUGAUGUACACUUUAGCCUGAAUCCCACGCAGGUGGGAAGACCAAAUGCAUAUUAACUUCCGUACGAUUCUUAAUAGUUCCUUGGCUUAAAAUCACAUUUGAUAUUAUCUUUCUGAAAAAUCUGUGGCAAACCUAUAAACUGCAGCCAAGAUUAUAGAUUAAUAAUCUAUAUUUGGAGCCAUUAUCCUGGAAAGGCCCCCAAAGUCUUCGUGAUCAUCAUAAUCCAAAUGUGUGUGUGCUGUACUAUGACACUCACUAGGGAGAAACCAGAGAGGUUACCUCAUUUCUUUUAGGGAAAACUGGGAAUUGAACACAGGACAGAAUGGGCUUUGCCACUUUUAGCUCAAGGCUUUUCCUACUUGACUUUAUUUCAUCAUGUUCUAAAAAAAUCACUAAUGGCCAAGUGGAGCAAGUACUAUAUGACUAACCCCUAUUGGGGUUCUUACUUAAGGGAGGCUAGUUUUUUUUUUUUUUUAAUUUAAAUUGCUUGAGAUAUGAGUUCCACAAAAGGUGACCUUCACACUUGGCCCUCUGGGCAUUAUUACUAGAAUUAAUUGCUUGUGGCUAUUAAACAGAAUACUGACCAGGACACUCUUCAUGUAGCUUCAAUAGUUGAUUCAUUUCAUGUGAUUCUUGACAUGUUUAUUUUUACCCUUAAUGCAAUGAAGUAUUUCACUAAUAAAACUGUUUAUAUGAAA